CGAUACUUCCGUGCCAGAUGGCGUUCAAUGGCGUUGUUUCCGGUGCCGUUCUUUGCAUCCUGACCGUGUAGUUGGAGACAGACCUCAUCAUGCAGUUACACAUCCGCGGACAGGAGUCCCAUGUCAUAGAGUGCCAUGGCGAUGAAACCAUCGGUCACAUCAAGGCGCAAGUAGCAGCCAUCGAAGAUAUUGACGCUGGUAGCCUCAGCCUUUCCUGCGGAGGAGCUCCCUUGGAAGACGAUGCUCUUGUCUCCGAACUCACAGCCUUAUCCUUGGACUUGACCGUGCCCUUGCUUGGAGGUAAGGUGCACGGAUCCUUGGCUCGUGCUGGAAAAGUAAAAGGACAAACUCCGAAGGUUGAGAAGCAGGAAAAGAAGAAGAAGAAGACCGGCCGUGCUAAGAGGAGAAUACAGUACAACCGACGAUUCGUUAACGUAGUGCAAACGUUCGGUCGUCGUCGCGGACCCAACGCUAAUCCUAACACGUAAACAGAUUCCUCUUGUAUUCAAUAAAAUAAGGACGACGACGACGAUGAUGAUGUAAACGCGUCGCGUUUUUGUAAUACCAUGUAAUUAUAAGAACAACUGAUAAUACACAUAUGCGUCGCAAA